UGUUUUCGAACAUGACUAAUGCAAUUACAAUAUGUUUCCUUUUUACAGAGUCCACCAUCUAACCGUUUCUAUAAAUAAUUAGUCCAUGGCCUACGACGCAAUUGCACAAUACACUUCUUUGAUGCAAAACAACGCUUAUUUUUUUUUUUGGCAAACAUCACUUCCUCCUUAGCUGCAAAAAGCACUUCUUGCUUAAUUUGCUUUGCUGCAAAACCACACUUCUCUGCUAAAAUGUGGAGUAUCGAGCUUACCGAUUUGAUCCCGGGUCUGCCUGCAGAACUCGGACUCGAGUGUCUGACGCGGUUGCCCUACUCAGCUCAUCCAGUUGCUUCCCGGGUCUGCAGUCCAUGGCGGACUCUGUUGGAAAGCCAAGAAUUUUACCAUCACAGGAAGAAAAUCGCGCGCACCCACAAAGUUGCAUGCUUGGUUCAAGCUCUUCCUCGAAAGCUUGUUGCCUCAGAAUCUGACGUACCUAAAUCCACCGAGUCACCGAGUUUCGGAAUCACCGUGUUUGACCCGGUGAGUCGUUCGUGGGAUAGACUCGACCCGGUUCCUCAGUACCCAAAUGGUAUGCCCUUGUUUUGCCAAUUGGCAAGCUGUGAAGGGAAGCUUGUGGCGAUUGGCGGGUGGGACCCGGUGAGUUACAGCCCGGUCACAGACGUGUUUGUGUACGACUUCACCACUUCACGUUGGAAGAAAGCCAACGACAUGCCGUCCAAGCGCUCUUUUUUCGCCAUCGGAUCGGACGCUGGACGGGUCUACGUGGCGGGUGGGCACGACGAGAACAAGGACGCGUUGAAGUCUGCAUGGGUUUAUGAUGUGAGACUAGACGAGUGGACUGAGUUGACUCAGAUGAGUCAGGAGCGAGACGAGUGUCAGGGGGUGAUGAUAGGGAGCGAGUUUUGGGUGGUUAGCGGGUAUCGCACCGAGAGUCAAGGAGUCUUCGAGGCAGGUGCCGAGGUGUUGGAGUUGGGGUCGGGGCGGUGGCGGCUGGAGGACGAGGCGUGGGAGGCGGGACAUUGUCCGAGGCAUUGUGUUGGAGUAGGGGAAGAUGGGAGAUUGGUGAGUCGGGGUGAGUUGGACUCGGCGGUCCGAGUUGGAACCUGCGGUGUCAUUCUUGGGGGUGGGACCCUGGUGGUGGGGUCGGAGUACCAAGGGUCAAGUCAAGGGUUCUAUAUGGCGGAAGAAACGAAGGGAGGGCAAAAUGGCAAAUUAGAUAGGAUUAGUGUGCCUGACGAGUUUUCUGGGUUUGUUCAAUCAGGUUGCUGCGUUGAGAUUUAGAUAUUAACUAGUAAGGAUAAUGACACAUGAGUAUAUGUAUGAUUUUUGGGUGCAACCUUUUUUCUUUAUUUGAAUGUAUGACGUAUAGUUUUGGUA